CGCCCCUGCUCCCCUCCCCUCCGCCCCGCCCCGCCCCCACGCACGCGCACUCUCACCCGCCUGUGUUGCGGUCCGCGGCCCUGGCCUCGGGGCCUCAGGGAGCUCCGGUGCAGUCUGCGCCUGUCAGUCCCCGCAGUCGUCCGCCGCGCCGGCCCCUGUCCCGCACUGGUGCAGCCAUGUCCUCUUCCCCGUGGGAGCCUGCGCCCCUGCGCCGGGUGUUCGUGGUGGGGGUUGGCAUGACCAAGUUCGUGAGGCCUGGAGCUGAGAAUUCAAGAGACUACCCUGACUUGGCAGGAGAAGCAGGCCAGAAGGCUUUAGCUGAUGCACAGAUCCCUUAUUCAGCAGUGGACCAGGCAUGUGUUGGCUAUGUUUUUGGUGACUCUACCUGUGGGCAGAGGGCUAUCUAUCACAGUUUGGGAAUGACUGGAAUUCCUAUAAUCAAUGUCAACAAUAACUGCUCUACUGGUUCUACUGCUUUGUUUAUGGCCCGCCAGCUGAUUCAGGGUGGUGUGGCAGAAUGUGUCUUGGCUCUUGGGUUUGAGAAGAUGAGUAAGGGAAGCCUUGGAAUAAAAUUUUCAGAUAGGACCAUUCCCACUGAUAAACAUCUUGACGUCCUGAUCAAUAAGUAUGGAUUGUCUGCACACCCAGUUGCUCCUCAGAUGUUUGGGUAUGCUGGAAAAGAACAUAUGGAAAAAUAUGGAACAAAAAUUGAACACUUUGCAAAAAUUGGAUGGAAAAAUCAUAAACAUUCAGUUAAUAACCCGUAUUCCCAGUUCCAAGAUGAAUACAGUUUAGAUGAAGUGAUGGCAUCUAAAAAAGUUUUUGAUUUUUUGACUAUCUUACAAUGUUGUCCCACUUCAGAUGGUGCUGCAGCAGCAAUUUUGGCCAGUGAAGCAUUUGUACAGAAGUAUGGCCUGCAAUCCAAAGCUGUGGAAAUUUUGGCACAAGAAAUGAUGACUGAUUUGCCAAGCUCGUUUGAAGAAAAGAGCGUUAUUAAAAUGGUUGGCUUUGAUAUGAGUAAAGAAGCUGCAAGAAAAUGCUAUGAGAAAUCUGGCCUGACACCAAAUGAUAUUGACGUAAUAGAACUUCACGAUUGCUUUUCUACCAACGAACUCCUUACUUAUGAAGCAUUGGGACUCUGUCCAGAAGGACAAGGUGCAACACUGGUUGAUAGAGGAGAUAAUACAUAUGGAGGAAAGUGGGUUAUAAAUCCUAGUGGUGGACUGAUUUCAAAGGGACACCCACUAGGAGCUACAGGUCUUGCUCAGUGUGCAGAACUCUGCUGGCAGCUGAGAGGGGAAGCCGGAAAGAGGCAAGUUCCUGGUGCAAAGGUGGCUCUGCAGCAUAAUUUAGGCCUUGGAGGAGCUGUGGUUGUAACACUCUACAAGAUGGGUUUUCCGGAAGCCGCCAGUUCGUUUAGAACUCAUCAAAUUGAAGCGGCUCCAACCAACUCUGCAAAUGAUGGAUUUAAGGCAAAUCUUGUCUUUAAGGAGAUUGAGAAGAAACUUGAAGAGGAAGGGGAACAGUUUGUGAAGAAAAUCGGUGGUAUUUUUGCCUUCAAGGUGAAAGAUGGCCCUGGGGGUAAAGAGGCCACCUGGGUGGUGGAUGUGAAGAAUGGCAAAGGAUCAGUGCUUCCUAACUCAGAUAAGAAGGCUGACUGCACAAUCACAAUGGCUGACUCAGACUUCCUGGCUUUAAUGACUGGUAAAAUGAAUCCUCAGUCGGCCUUCUUUCAAGGGAAAUUGAAAAUCACUGGCAACAUGGGUCUGGCUAUGAAGUUACAAAAUCUUCAGCUUCAGCCAGGCAACGCUAAGCUCUAAAGAACUCCCUUUGGCUACUUUGAAAAUCAAGAUGAGAUAUAUAGAUAUAUAUCCAUACAUUUCAUUGUCAGAAUUUAGACUGAAACUACACAUUGGCAAAUAGUGUGGGAUAGAUUUGUUUUUAAAUGGGUGUGACCAAUCCUGUUUUUCCUAUGCUCUGGGUGAAUAGAGCCUGAUGGUAUACUACUGCUUUGCGGAAUUGCAUACAACUGUGCAUUACAAAGUUAAUAUGGUAAUUAUGGUCUGGGGUAAAAUUGAGUUUCAGAAUAAAAUUAGGAACAGUAAAAUCCAAAGAACUAUGUAAACAAAAAAGCUUUUGUUUUGCUUACAAAGUAUAUUUAAGGAUUAUUCUGCUGAAGAUUCAAUUUAAGAGUUUUCCUUGGGAGAACUAAGUAAGAAACACAAUGCCAACAGCUGGCCAGUAAUUAGUGUUGUGCACUUAAUGUCCUUAAUCAAUUUCUCAAUAGUUCUUGAAAUUAGUGAGAUUAAGAAAAAAGUCUAAAAAUUCUGCAUUUCAUGCUAUCAGAAACAGUAUUUUCUUCCCAAAUCAAAAUAAAAGAAAUAUGAUCAGAGCUUGCACACAGGCUUGUUUUUAAAAUAAAAAUAUUUUUAAAACGGGUUUCCUUCUUGAAAAAUCAGUGUAUUAGUCAUAAAACACUAUCAUUAAGAAUAAUUGAACAAUAAAGUUUGCUUUGAGAUGCACAGUUUUCAAAUUAUAAUCUCACUUCAAAUAUAUAAAGUCCUCAGUCCUUUGUUACAAUAUCCUUUUUCAUGUAAGUUUAAUUAUCUGCAUUUAUCUUUUUUCCUAGUUUUUCUAAUACUAAUGUUAUUUCUUACAAUUCAGUGAGAUAUGGGAUAAAAUAAUGCUUUGAGAAGAAUGUUUAAUAGAAAAUUAAAAUAGCUUUUUCUGGCCUC